AGGCAGUAAGCAUCACUUCCGGUCAAAUUGCGCCGUCUCCCUCCUGCAGAACUCUCUCCAGUGCUUUGACGCGGCAUCGAGUGGGGUGGCAUCGGCCCAGGUUUCCUCCGUCCAACGGAGUACAGCUGGCUUCCCGCACCUUAUCCCGAGGCUCGUGGGAUUCCCAGCGACUUUCAUUCCCAUUCCGCUGACUCUGACCGGUCAAUGACCAUGCGCUGAGCUGUACCUCUCCGGUCUCUUCAUGAUGGUGUUUAUUUAAACUGCCUAACCGUUCACUACCACCCAUAUGACCCUGCACCAUGAUCGAGUCGUUCAUUAGUAUCGCUUUCUACAUCUCGACGGCCAUCACGCUUGUGAUCUUCUUGCUGCCGUCGCGGUAUGCCUCCAAACGCAAUGCCACACAAGAGGAGCCUGAUGCACCCAAGACCACGGUCCAAAUUCUGGUCCUAGGGGACAUCGGUCGCAGUCCGCGCAUGCAGUACCAUGCCCUGAGUGUUGCCAGAAAUGGGGGGCAUGUGGACAUCAUCGGUUACCAUGAAUCGGAUGUACAUCCCGAGAUCUCCUCUCACCCUCGCAUCUCCAUCGUCCCCCUCCCUCCGCAUCCCACCUGCCUCCAGACAAGCAACAAGCUCUUGUUCCUCUUAUUCGGUCCGCUGAAAGUCGUUUUCCAAGUUGGCUGUCUGUUGUGGAUCCUGGCAUAUCGUACAAAACCGGCCAAAUGGCUCCUCGUUCAGAACCCUCCUUCUAUUCCGACACUCGCGAUCGCUUCCCUUGUCUGUUUCUUGCGUCACACAAACCUCCUUGUCGAUUGGCAUAACUUUGGAUACACCAUCCUAGCCCUCAAACUCGGAGACGCUCAUCCGUUGGUCAGACUCUCCAAGUGGUACGAGAAGAUAUUUUGCCAGUACGCGACAGCGCAUCUCUGUGUCACCAACGCCAUGGCAGUGGUCCUGAAGGAGGAGUUUGCCCUGAAAGCGCCCAUUCUCCCGCUGCAUGACCGGCCGGCCGAUCAUUUCCAGCCCAUCCUGGAUGAUCGCACGCGCAAGGACUAUUUGCUCUCUCUCUCGGAGACAGAAUCGGUCGGGUCGCUGAUUGUGUCAGAUAAGGUCCGAAUCCUGGUCAGUUCAACCUCAUGGACUGCAGACGAGGACUUCUCGCUUCUCAUAGAAGCUCUCUGCCAGUAUUCGGCCAUGGCUGAGACAAGCCCCGACCUGCCUUCAAUUCUGGCCAUCAUAACCGGUAGAGGACCUCAACGCGAUAUGUAUCUGAAACAGAUCGCCGACCUAGACCAGGCCGGUAAACUCAAGAAAGUCACAAUUCGCACAGCGUGGCUAAGUAUGGAAGACUAUGCACGGCUGCUCGCGUCCGCAAUGAAAGUGGUCGAUAUGUUUGGCGCUGGCCUGCCUGUUGUCGGCUGGAAUCGUUUCGAGGCAUGGCCGGAGCUGGUCACCGAAGGCCGUAAUGGAAGAGGCUUUGGAAGUGCGGAAGAGCUAGUCAAACAUCUCGUGGAGCUCUUUGCAGAUCCGGAUAAACUUGAGAAACUUCGUGCUGGUGCGCAAGAGGAAAGUUCUCGUCGGUGGGACGGCGAGUGGAAUCCCGUGGCUGGAAAGCUGCUAGGACUGAUAUGAGGCUAGCCGGCGCCAUCACUUGUGGGGUACAGCUAGAGAUAGAGAUUGAAGAAUACAAAAUUUACC